AAUAAUAUCUAAAUAUAGGUAACAAAUGAAUAAAAUUUGUUAUCAAAUAAUUAUCAUUGUAAUGAUAAAUGAGUAAUGAUUAUAUGGAACACGGCGAUCAUAGUCGACUAUUGAAAUUCUUGCUGCCUACAGCUCAAACAAACAAAAUGGCGGAACCGGAAGUACACGAAUUAAAAAUCGAGUAUAUAAAUCCUUCGGAUAUCGAAAGUGAGGUACCAGGCAAGCAGGAACUUAGAGAAGGUGACGUGAACGCAGUUGUCAUUGAUAACUCGACUUUAGACGAUGACAUUAUAGUCGAAACUCCCGUGGACUAUGUGCUAUCGCCAGUGAUAACUGUGACAAAAGAGGAAUCAACUUACACGAAGGGAGAUUUGAAGUUGCAAAAGGUGUCUGUAAAUGAAAACAUAUCGAACAAUGAAGUCAACGGAAAACACGACGAGACUAACGCUGACGCCACAAAAACUGCAGCACAAACUCUAACACCCGGGACUGAAAGAGAAACCUACAACGAUAAUAAAGGAAGGUCCAGAAUACCAACGUCGCAGUUCAGACAGGCCUUAGAAAAGUUUAAAAAUAUCAACCAGGACGCUAAUGAAAAGAAAAAUGAUGCUAUUCCAACACCUUCGAAACGUUCAUCCUUUCUAAAACCUAAAGAGGUUAAAAUUACAACACCGCCCAAUACACCUGCACCUGCUUUUGACGAAGGUCAUGAAGUGGAAGACGAGUUUGAUAAAAUAUACGACGAAGUUAUCCAUCAUGAGCCAAAACAAGUUACUGACAAUACUAGUGACAAUAUUAAGGAUUCAGUACAGCUUGAGGAUGAAUUCGAGGAAAUAAUUCAUGAUUAUGAAGACAAUAAAGUACAACCGAUUGAUAUUAAUAAAGUUAAACAAUCAAGAAUACCACAAAUAUCAAAACGAGGCGAUGAUGACAACAAAUUGCAAACAAACAACAUUCCUGCACAGAUGGUAAUUGAGAAAUCUAAAAUAAAUGAUGCUAAAAUCGAUAGUAAAAUACCAAUUAACAGAAACUUGCUACAAAAACAAGUUAGAGAUGAUGUGAUUAUUAGUAAUACAGAUAAUAAAGGUCCAGUAACUAGAGAAAUACCACAAAAACCACCUCGAAUUAGAUAUAGCUCUAAAGAUGAUGAAAAACAAAGCAAUAACAAUAAACCUAAUAAUACUGUUGAUGCGCAUACAGAAAAUGAAACUACCGCUGAAACAUUGGCUCCAGAAGAUACUAAUAUUAACAAUAACUCUACGGGUAUAAAGUCAUCAGAACAGUCGAAUAUUAAAUUGACCGAAGCUGAACCAGUAAAAGUGGCAACACAAGAAGAUAUUGACAGAAUUACAAAAGACAAUAUUGAAAAACGCCAAAAUGAUAUUACUUUGAAGAUAGAAGAAAUUGUCGAAACACCAUUAGUGAUGGAAGUAAAUGCUAUUAUAGACAUUAAACCAGAAUCAGUUGAUAUAGAAGACAACCAAUCUGCUACAGAAAAUAUUAAACCUGCAGAAGAUAAAGGCGACAACUCUGUAAAAUUAGAAGCAAACGUAGAAAAUGAUAAAGAAGGUGAUGACUCAAACUAUACUCCAGGCAAAGUCAGUAAAAUACUAAGCAGAUUACGAUCUUUUGAUAAAAUUGAUGAUACGAAACAAAGCAAUAAUGUUAAUGUAAAGGAAACACCGAAAAGGAAAUCAGUGUUGUCGAAGAUAGCAAUGUUUGAGCGUCCAGACGUUAAAGCACCACCUAACCCUAGACUAAUUCAGAAUGGAAUACCGACUCGUAAGCCACUUGAAACAAAAACUGAUUUUAUAUCACAUGAAAGUGUAUAUGUAAAACCUAUAAUAGUCGAUGAAGUCCUAAAAGCAUCAAUACAAAGAGAUUUACACUCUAAUAUCAUAGAAGUUAAGACUGAAACUAAUUCUGAAGCAAUAAAUUCAAAAAACAAAGGGGAAAUAGUUGAAGAGACGAUCAAAUAUCAAAAAAUUGAAGUUGUCGAUGCUAAAGUUAGUCAACCUAUUGCUGAAUCGAUUGACCAACCUUUAGUUCUAGAUAAUAGUAUUCAGCUAGUAGAAAAUGCAACCGAAAAUCUACAAGAUAUAAGUCAACCUAAAGAAAUUCAUAUUGAGACUAUUCAUAAAGAUAUUAUUACGGAACCAAAUAAUACAAUUGAAAAUGAACCUAUUCUCGUUGAGAAUACAGUUGAAAUUCUGGAACCGAUAAAAACAGAGUACUCAGAGCCGUUACCAAUUAAUAUUGAAGAAAAGAAACUAGAAAUUAAUAUCAAUGACAAUAAUAUAGUAAUAGACGAACUCGUUUUAGAACCAGUUGAAAAUAAACGUACAGAGUAUGAAAAUAACGUUGAAAUUUCAAAUUCAGACGAUGAUUCAGUAUUUUACAGGACUGAAGAUCCUAAUCAGACGGAAACAGUACGCAGAGAUUCUAAAAGUAUAGAAGAAUAUAGUAGGGAAAGACCGAAAUCUGUUGCAGAAUUAGAUUUAGGAGAAUCUGUUAAGGGUAAAGUUCAUGAGAUGAUAACAAAAAUAAGAAUGAACUCCUUCGAAACUGGAGAAGUUCAAAAGAAGGAAAAGGAGAUAGAAGUGCACGAGAGACCGAGGAAGAAGUCUGUGUCAAUGAUGAUUGCCUUAUUCGAACAAAAAACAACAAAAGUCCAGUACGGUAGUAAUCAUCCAAACAUAGAGCGAAUCCACACAAAACCUACCGUUACCGUCCAGACGGUCAGCCUCACCGACGAGGAGUACGACCAGAGAACUGCAGAGUUGACCAGCGCGAAACUGCAGUAUGGCAGAGCGAUGAAUAUGACCUACUUGAUUCUCAGGAAUGGAGUUGAGAUGCCGGUUUUGGCUUUAGGAACUGCCUUGAUGGACAAACGUUUAAUCCGACAUAUAAUUGGGGCUGCUAUUGACCUUGGUUUCCGUGCCAUAGACACCGCAUACAUCUAUGGCAACGAAGCGGAAGUCGGGGAGGCGAUCAAGGCCAAAAUUGACGAUGGUACAGUCACCAGAGAGGAGCUUUUCAUCACAUCGAAGUUAUGGAGUACGUACCAUCGACCUGACCUGGUGGAGGUGGCAUGCCGAGCGUCCCUGACUGCGAUGCAGCUGGAUUACUUUGAUUUAUACCUCAUCCAUAACCCCAUGUCUUUUAAGGAAGGUAAGGCACCUAUACCAAAGAUAGCAAACGUGAUUCAAUACUCUGAGUAUGAUUACUUGGACGCCUGGUACGGCAUGGAAGAGCUGGUGGGGAAAGACCUGGUGAAAAGCAUCGGAGUCAGCAACUUCAACUCUAUCCAGCUCACCAGGAUACUGGGGAGAGCGAAGCUCAAGCCUGUUAUCAACCAGGUGGAAUGUCAUCCAUAUCUAUCUCAAGAAAGAUUACACGAGUUCUGCGAGCAGCGAGACGUCAAACUCACAUGUUACGGGGUACUAGGCUCUAAAGGGACCCCUAAAGAGUAUAGGAGCGGACUACAGCCUAUAGUUGAUGAUCCCCUGGUCAAAGUUAUGGCGGCAGGUCUUAAUAUGACCAUAGCGCAGCUACUUCUCAGAUACCAAAUUGAUUUAGGACGCAGCGUCGUCGUGAAAGCGUCCACCGGAGCCCACCUGUGGGACAAUCUGCAAGCACUGGAGCGGAGCUUGAUCCCAGAACAAGUAGAAGCUCUAAAUGCUUUGAAUAAAAACAAGAGAACGUACACUUUCGCUGGAAUGGGCGAGACUCACAGGAACUACCCGUUCAACAUUCCGUUUUGAUAUUCCUGACCAAUAAUUUGUUCUUAGUUUUUGACAGUCUAUAUAUUUUUUGACAUUAACAUUGUAUAUUAAAAAUUCAAUGACAUUUUACCUAAUUAGUAUUAAGGAUUUAAUUAUCGGUAUAAAUUCUUUUUAAGAAAAUUUUGUGAAAACAGGC